CCGUUGAGUACAGACGUCUCUCUCCUCUCUCUCUCAAUUCUCUCUUGUCCCUUAUCGUCUCCAAGAAAAGAAAGAAAAAGUUUCUUCUCCUCUCAUCUCUCCGUCCACAGAUUUUCUCUCUUGUUUUCUCUGCAACCAAACAACAACGGAAAAGUUAUUAGAAUCCAAAAACUCCAUGGCAUCACCACACUCUAUUAUCUUCACCGAUCCAAAACCCUAAUCUCCACCAACUGCCAAUCAAUUCCUCUCAUCGCCUCUCAGGGGGGAAGAAUUGGCGGCGCAUGUGAGAUAAGUGGAUUAGAUUAGGGUUAGGGUUUUUGUUUUGUUAGUUUUGAUGCCGCCAGAGCCAUUGCCGUGGGAUCGGAAAGACUUCUUUAAGGAGAGGAAGCACGAGAGGUCCGAGACUACGUCUUCUUCUUUUGGUGGCGGGUCUACGUCACGAUGGAAGGAUUUUUCUUAUUCUUCCUCGAGUCAUUAUGGAUCCUCUCGUGAUUUCAAUCGUUGGGGUCCCCACGACUUUCGCAGGCCUCCUGGUCAUGGUAAGCAGGGUGGUUGGCAUAUGCUUGCUGAAGAAUCUGGUCACUUGUACGCACCAUAUAGGUCCAGUGAUAAGAUGCUGGAAGAUGAGAAUUGCCGGCCAUUUUUGCGUGGAGAUGGAAGAUAUGUCCGGAACAAUAGGGGUUAUUUCAGCCAGAGGGAUUGGAGAGGUGGUCAUUCAUGGGAAAUGAGUAAUGGGUCUUCUAACAUGCCUGUGAGGCAGCAUGAUGUGAGUAAUGAUCAUAUGUCAGUUGAUGAAAUGCUAAUGUUUCCCCCAUCUCAACCCGCUCAUUCUGAUUUUGUUGACUCAUGGGAUCAGCAUCAAUUGAAAGACCAACAAGAUAAUAAUAAGAUGGUUGGUGUCAAUGGGUUGGGCACAGGCCAAAGAGGUGAUAGAGAGAACUCACUAGAUUGGAAGCCUCUUAAAUGGACCCGUUCUGGAAGCUUGUCUUCCCGGGGGUCUGGUUUAAGUCAUUCAAGUAGCUCGAAGAGCCUUGGGGGUGCAGAUUCUAAUGAAGGAAAGGCUGAGUUGCAACCAAAGAAUGCCACUCCAGUCCAUUCCCUUUCAGGGGAUGUUGCUGCUUGUGUUACUUCUGCAGCACCAUCUGAAGAGAUUUCUUCUAGGAAGAAGGCACGCCUUGGAUGGGGUGAAGGGCUGGCAAAGUAUGAGAAGAAGAAAGUUGAAGGCCCAGAAACAAGUGACAACAAAGAUGGAGCUGUCGUUUCUGCUAAUAAUGUAGAGUCCAUUCAUUAUCAAACUUCAAACUUGGCUGAAAAGAGCCACGGAGUAAUGGGCUUUUCAGACUGUGCAUCUCCUGCUACGCCCUCCUCUGUUGCUUGUAGUUCAUCACCAGGUUUAGAGGAGAAAACAUUUGUGAAGUCAACAAAUGCUGAUAACGUUGUUGGUAAUUCAUGUGGUUCACCUGGUGUUGGUUCUCAAAGUCAAAUUGAGGGAUUGUGUUUUAAUUUAGAGAAGAUGGAUGUUAGUUCUGUAGCUAACCUGGGUUCUUCACUAUCUGAACUGCUUCAGUCUGAUGAUCCAAGUUCUGUGGACUCUAGUUUUGUGAGGUCUACUGCAAUGAAUAAGCUGCUUGUAUGGAAAGGUGACAUUUCAAAGUCACUGGAAUUGACAGAAUCUGAAAUUGAUUCUCUUGAAAAUGAACUUAAGUCCAUGAGAUUUGAAUCUGGAAACAGAUGUCCUUGUCUGGCAGCAUCCAGUCCUCGUCCAUUUGAUAGUGAUGCAAAACCUUGCAAUGUACAGGGGUUUGCCUCUAACAGUGUCCCACGGCCUUCUCCCUUGCAAGUUGCAUCAUGUGGGGAUGGAAUUGUGGAGAAUGUUUCUUUUUGCAAUGGUGAGUUGGAAGAAGCUCAUGCUGAUGUUAAGGAGGAUGAUAUUGAUAGUCCUGGAACUGCUACAUCUAAACUUGUUGAACCAGUAUUUUUGGCAAGGGCAGAUUCAUCGACUGUCACUGUGAAAGAUGAUUUUGAUGCUAUUCAGUCUGCAAGGAUGAACUUGAAAGGUGUAGUUCCUUGUGCUGAUGAGGAAGUGACUGGCAUAUUUAUUUGCAAGGAAGAUUUACCUUCUGGUGAUGUGAUUUCAGACACAUAUGGAGAAGAUAAUUUAUGUAAUCUAAUACUGGCCUCCAAUAAACAAUCUGCGAGUAGGGCAUCUGAAGUAUUUAAUAAACUAUUGCCUAGUGAGCAGUGUAGGUUUGAUUUUUCAGGUGUUAUCAAUGGAUCCUCUUGGCAGAGUGAUGCCUUUGUUGUAGAAAAUUUUGCUAUGAGGAAGCGGCUAUUAAGAUUUAAGGAGAGAGCUGUAACCCUGAAGUUCAAAGCCUUUCAUCAUCUGUGGAAGGAAGAUAUGCGAUUGCAUUCUAUAAGGAAACAUCGUGCGAAGUCUCAUAAGAAAUGGGAACAAAGCUUGCGGACAACUCAAAGUGGGUUUCAAAAGCAUCGUUCUUCCAUUCGUGCUCGAUUCUCUUCUGCUGCUGGAAAUUUGAACCUGGUCCCUACAACAGAUAUACUUAAUUUCACAAGCAAGCUGCUUGCAGAUUCUCAGGUCAAGCUUUACAGGAAUGCUUUGAAAAUGCCAGCAUUAAUUUUGGACAAGAAAGAGAAGAUAGUAUCACGGUUUAUCUCCAGUAAUGGAUUGGUUGAAGAUCCUUGUGCUGUUGAGAAGGAAAGAGCCAUGAUCAAUCCCUGGACUUCUGAUGAAAAAGAAAUUUUCAUGCAUAAGCUUGCGACUUUUGGGAAGGAUUUCAGAAAAAUUGCUUCUUUUCUUGAUCACAAGUCAACUGCAGACUGUGUUGAAUUCUAUUACAAAAACCACAAAUCUGAUUGUUUUGAAAAAACCAAGAAGAGUAAACAAACUAAAUCUUCUACUAACUACUUGGUUGCAUCAAGUACAAAAUGGAAUCGUGAAUUAAAUGCUGCGUCGCUUGAUAUUUUUGGUGCUAUGAUGGCAGCUGGUGCUGACCAUGCUAUGAACAGUCGGCGGUUGUGCUCUAGUAGAAUCUUUUCGAGUGGCUACCGUAAUUCUAAAAUAACAGAAGGUUGUGAUGAUGGUAUUUUAGGAGGAUCAAGUAUUUUGGAUGUUCUUGGGAGUGAAAGAGAGACUGUCGCUGCUGAUGUUUUAGCAGGUAUCUGUGGUUCAAUGUCUUCUGAGGCCAUGAGUUCUUGUAUCACUACCUCUGUUGAUUUUGUAGAGGGCUAUCGAGAGCGGAAGUGCCAAAAGGUGGAUUCUGUUGCAAAGCCACCUUUGACAUCUGAUGUUAUGCGGAAUUUCGAUGAAGAGACCUGUUCAGAUGAGAGUUGCGAGGAGAUGGAUCCUACUGAUUGGACAGAUGAGGAGAAGUCCAUGUUUAUACAAGCUGUAUCAUCCUAUGGAAAGGAUUUUGCAAUGAUCUCCCAUUUUGUCAGGACAAGAACUAGGGACCAGUGCAAGGUGUUUUUUAGCAAGGCCAGGAAGUGCCUUGGACUGGAUUUGAUGCAUCCUGGACAUAGAAAUUUUGGAACACCAGUUAGCGAUGUUGGAAAUGGAGGUGGGAGUGACACAGAAGAUGCCUGUGCUAUAGAGACUGGAUCUGCUAUUUCCAGUGAUAAACUAGACUCUAAGAUUGAUGAGGACUUGCUGCCGUCUGUCAUGAAUACAGAGCAUAAUGAAUCUGAUGCAGAGGAGAGGGUUAGGUUGCAUUCUGACCCGGAUGGAACUGAAGACAAUAAUGCAUCUGGGAUAUUAGAUCAGAAUGAUUCCAAGAUUGUGGAUAAAAUGGUUUCUGAUCCAGCUGAGGCGGGGAAGAGGGCUGAUCUAGCUUUUGUUGUUGACAGCAAAGUCCUGAAUUCUGUUAAUCAGUUGGAGUCUCUGCAGGCCCAGAAAGUGUUGAUUGUGUCGACUAAUGCAGAAUCUGAAAGAGAUCAAGCGGCUGACAAGACUGUUUCUGUUGCUGAAGCAGGGCCUGUUUUAGGCACAGUUGAUGCCAGCACAUUGAAUGCAAACACUGCGAUUGAGUUGAAAGCUGUAGCUGAGGUCUCUAAUGAUGUUACUGGACAAGAACUUCUGUUGCCUGAAAAAAGUUUGUGUAGCCCAAGUGGUUUGAUGCAAGUUUCAACCAGCAUUGCCUCACACCAUCAUGUAAAUAUGGAUUCUUGUUCAGAUAUCAGUCGCUGUUCAGAAAAUAUACAUCAAGUCUCUGUCCAUUUGGAAUCUGUGGAAAAGCCUCCUGUCAUCUCAUUGCCACAGGAGAAUGAUCUUUCUAUAAUGAAUUCUGUAGUACGAGAUUCUGUGGUCAUCCAAUAUGAGAAAAAGCAUGAACAACUUCAGGAUUGUAGAGAUAAGCAGGGUAAAACAUCUUUUUGUAGAGAUGACUACUUCCAGCAUCUGUCUGGUCAUCCUCUGACGAGCCAGAAUGAUUCCUCCCAGAUUCUCAGGGGUUAUCCGCUGCAAAUUCCAACAAAGAAAGAGAUGAAUGGGGAUAUUUAUGUCAGACCACUUUCUGAAGCUCGAAGCUUUCCAAACUCCGAAAAGAAUGUCACCUCCGAAAAGAAUGUCACCAGUCAGUUUGAAGCUGAGGAUUGCUAUCUUAAAAAAUGUAGCGGCUCAAAAUCUCAGCAUUCAGUGUCUGAGCUCCCAUUCCUGUCUCAACGUUUUGAACAUGGAAGUGAUUGUCCAAGAGAUCAUUCACGGAGGUCUUCAGAUAUGGAAAAACCAUGUAGGAAUGGUGAUGUUAAACUGUUUGGUAAAAUACUCAGUAACCCCUUGCAAAAGCAGAAUUCUAUUGCCCAUGAGAAAGGUGAAAAGGAGGCCCCGCAUCUUAAGCCAGCAGGCAAGUCAGCAACUUUUAAAUUAACUGGUCACCACCCUACAGAGGGUAACAUGGCUUUCUUGAAUUGUGAUCGUAAUAAUCAGCUUGGCCCUGAGAAUUUUCCCAUGAGCCAUGGAUUCUGGGAUGAGAACAGAACACAGACAGGGUUACCUGAUUCAGCUGCUUUACUGGCAAAGUAUCCAGCUGCAUUUAGCAAUUAUCCUGUGCCAUCAUCCAAAAUGCCACAGCAGACAUUGCAAUCUGUUGUCAAGAGUAACGAGUGUAAUCAGAGUGGCCUGUCUGUUUUUCCUUCAAGGGAUGUAAGUGGGACUAAUGGAGUGGUGGAUUGUCAAAUGUACAGGAGUCGUGACAGUACUGGAGUGCAGCCAUUUGCAGUAGACAUGAAGCAGCGGGAGGAUAUAUUUGUGGAGAUGCAGAGACUGAAUGGACAGCAAGCGAGGGGGAUGGUAGGGAUGAAUGUUGUAGAAAGGGGGGGGAUUCUUGUUGGGGGACCAUGCACGGGUGUUUCUGAUCCUGUGGUAGCCAUUAAAAGGCACUAUGCCAAAACUGAUCAGUAUGGGGGGCAAAAUGGAACCGUCUUUAGAGAAGAAGAAUCUUGGAGAGGCAAGGGCGACUUAGGCAGGUAGUAGGAGUGUUGAGAGAGCAUCUUUAGGACGCCCUCAGUGGCAAAUUCUUCCUUUGCCGUACUUUGUACUAUAGUUGUAUUUUUCAGUGGAAUGAUAGGGCAGGAGGCGGUUUCUUAAUUCCGUCUUUUUGGUAAAGUUAUUUUAGGUGGCUGUAAUAUUUCAGCUAUUUGUUGUAUUUGAUGGAAAAUACAAAAAUAAUCUGUUGUUGGAA